CAGAUGAUCAGUGCAGAAUGAAGGUCCCAAGAGAAAGGCUCACGUGGUUUUCUCUGCCCCGUGACGUCACUAGCAGAUGGCAUGGGUACCAGCUCUGGCAGUUGGCAUCAAUGUCACUUUUUAGAGAUCAAUGAGAUAGUGCAGAUAUACACAGAUCUAGACUCCAGGAGACGAUGCGACAUUCAGACUGAAAAGAUUUGGAAGGCAAAAAAUGAAAACUGAUUGUUGAAUGAAAUAAAAAGCUAAGGUAACUUAAGAUUAUAGAACCAUGUUAACACUACCGUUUGAUGAGUCUGUUGUAAUGCCAGAAUCCCAGAUGUGCAGAAAGUUUUCCAGAGAAAGUGAUGACCAAAAGCAAAUGAAGAACCCGGAAAGCUUUUCGAAGCAGAUUGUGCUCCGAGGAAAGAAUAUCAAAAGGUCUCCUGGAGAAGACACAGAGAAAGAGGAGGAGGAGGAAGAGAGAGAAGAGGAGGAUGAGAACGGCUUGCCGAGGCGAAGGGGCCUUCGGAAAAAAAAGACGAGCAAGAUAAGGAUGGAAAGGAUCAAAUUCAGGCGACAAGAAGCCAACGCGAGAGAGCGGAAUCGGAUGCAUGGCCUUAACGACGCCCUGGACAAUUUAAGGAAAGUGGUCCCUUGUUAUUCCAAAACACAAAAACUGUCAAAAAUAGAAACUUUAAGACUAGCCAAGAACUACAUUUGGGCUCUUUCUGAGAUCCUGCGAAUUGGCAAGAGACCCGACCUGCUCACCUUUGUCCAAAACUUGUGCAAGGGUCUGUCCCAGCCAACUACAAACUUGGUGGCGGGAUGCCUGCAGCUGAAUGCCAGAAGUUUCCUGAUGGGCCAGGCGGGUGAAGGUGCCCAUCACACCCGAUCACCCUACUCCACCUUCUACCCCCCUUACCACAGCCCCGAGCUCGGCACUCCCCCGGGGCAUGGGACUCUCGACAACUCCAAGUCCAUGAAACCUUACAAUUACUGCAGCGCUUACGAGUCCUUCUAUGAAAGCACUUCCCCUGAGUGCGCCAGCCCACAGUUUGAAGGUCCCUUAAGUCCUCCCCCAAUUAACUAUAAUGGGAUAUUUUCCCUGAAGCAAGAAGAAAGCUUGGACUACGGCAAAAAUUACAAUUAUGGCAUGCAUUACUGUGCAGUGCCACCCAGGGGUCCCCUUGGGCAGAGCUCUAUGUUCAGGUUGCCUACAGAGAGCCACUUCCCUUACGACUUACAUCUGCGCAGCCAGUCUCUCACCAUGCAAGAUGAAUUAAAUGCAGUUUUUCAUAAUUAAUGAGGAAAAUGAAAAUAAACAGUGGUCAUUCACCUCCCCAUCUAAUUAAGAGCAAGCAGAUGCUUGGGCACUGCGUAAUUGGCACAACUCUAUUUAACGUGUUUACUAGUUCCUAAAGUGUGUUUCAACUAUUGUGGGGAUUUUCUAUGUAUUAAUAAAUCCUUUUUCCCAUCAGUAUUUUUUUUUCCUUUCGUUUUUUUUUUUGUCUGUAAACACUGUGAGAUUCUGUUUCCUCCCAGAGGUUAUUUCCCCCCUCCUUUUGUUUUCUUUUUCUUUCCCUCUUUGCUUGAUUUGUUGGGCAGUGUGUCUGAACAAUAUCGCUAAAAUAAAAGCAUACACACUGUGUGAAGUCAAUGUCUAUUUUGAUUGUACAGUAAUUAUACAAAUGCAUGUUAUUGAAAUCAGAUGAAUAAAAAUGAUGUAUUUAUAAUUGGUAGAAAAUAUAUAUUAUGUAUUUGAGGAGAACUGGAUUAAAAAGAUUCAGAAGUUUAAGGAAAUCUCAGAACUGAGAUGGGCUUGCAAUAUGCAGAGGUGAGAGUGCAGCAAUAUUGAAAGCUAUGCAAAAAAAAAAAAAAGCAAACAAAAAAUAUAACCGUUUUUUGGGGUGGCUGUUUUUUGGAUAAUCUAAGCAAAGCCAGUGAUUGUUGCUGACAUUAUUCAGCCUGACCUUUAGAGUGUUGCUGGCAGGGGCCACAUGCUAACAUUUUAGAAGGUGUUGUCGAAAUUUUGCCUGGGUUAUUUUGACCAUAUUUAAUCAGCACUUUUUUUUUUUUGUAUUAUUCUGACUUCAGAUGUAAAGGUUUGUUAUAACAAUGUAUAACUGUGGUUUCUCACUACGUACUUUAAAUGCAAUUAAACAUAGAUGUUUCCACUUUUAAAAUACAUCUAUUAGCUGUGA